AUGGCGAAAAUGACCGAGAAACUUAACAGCAACGAUCAAGCGCAAUACGAAGAGACGCUGAAAGCAACUAUCAUCGCCCAGGCGUGCGCAAUCUACGGUCCGGGUUACAGCAAGGCUCCCAAAUUCGACGUCAUCAUCGGCUGCGUAAGAGACGAAGACAAUCUCGACACCAAUGUCGCCUGGCUCAUUGUCUAUCCGGAUACUAGAUUCCUUAACUGGAAGCUUCUUCUACAAACCGCAAAGUACCUGAGUGCAGAGAACGCGUAUCUGUCGCUGAGGGGAAUGUUGCGCACGAAGACGGCCGAAGUCAUGGGUUAG